CAAGCGCAUGCGUACUUCUCAGUCUGUCAGACAGCAGCAGCCCGUAAACAUGGCUGGUGUUGGUUUCCGACGCUGGGCCCAGGCUCUCUCUAGAGGGAAAGGUUCUGGUCUUUCAGCCCUUUUGCCGGGAUGUAGAGCAGCCUCUGGUGGUUCAAAGGCUGAUCUUCCUGCUGCAUACCCGAUGACCCCCGAAGAGAAGGCUGCUGCUGCAAAAAAGUACAAUAUGAGGGUGGAGGACUACGAACCAUUUCCCAACCAAGGCGAGGGUUAUGGUGAUUAUCCAAAGCUACCAGAUAAAUCUCAGCAAGAGAGGGACCCCUGGUACCAGUGGGACCACCCUGACCUGAGGAGGAACUGGGGAGAGCCGAUGCAUUGGAAUUUUGACAUGUUCAUCAGGAACCGUGUGGAUACGUCUCCCAGCCCUGUGUCCUGGUCCUCUAUGUGCAAACAGCUGUUUGGUUUCAUUGGGUUCAUGCUGUUUAUGUUCUACGUUGGGGAGAAAUAUCCAGCUUACCAGCCUGUUGCACCAAAACAGUAUCCCUACAACAACCUGUACUUGGAGAAAGGAGGGGAUCCAGAAAAACAACCAGAGGAAGUUGUGAAUUAUAAAAUCUAAUGACAAAAUCUGAUUCUAACUGUGUAUAUAUAUAUUUCUGUCAAGAAUAAAAACUCCUAUGAAGUUA